CGAUCCUUUUCCAACCUUCAUACUCUGCCAUAAUUGAAUCGAUUUCAUUGCGUUUCCAUUGGUCACCUGUUAACGAUGUCGCCAAAACCGCUCCGUCAGGCCCUCUUCCAAGCCAAGCUCGCUGAGAGCGAAGUCACCGACAAGAUUUGCGUCCAGAAUCUUCAGGUCACAGCGAAGGCUGGAAAAGACGUGUGGGGUCGCGAGAAACUGCAGCCCGCACUCAUCAGCGUUGCGCUCUCGCUCGCACGGCCAUUCGAUUCCGCUGCACAGGCCGACAGCCUGGAUACCAGCACUGUGCAUUAUGGAAUCUUGAGCAAAGACAUCCGAUCUGCAAUCGAGGGCAAUGCGAGACAUCUGAGCACCCAGGACUUUGCCGCGCAAAUCUGGGGUCAGGUACAGGAAACGGCUGGGAAGACCAACCUUGCUGGGACCGAGGUCGAUGUUUUCUACCCUAAGGCCACGUUAUUUGGCGAUGGCGCUGGCUUGGUAUACUCUACGCUCAAUGGCGAAUGGACGUCCAAAGUGGCCUACCUACGGAACAUUCGCAUCCCUUGUCUCAUCGGCGUGAACCCCAACGAGCGGGAGCGGAAGCAACCAGUCGUGGUCAAUUUGCAAGUCGAGAAUCCUCCAGACAGCAUGGGAGACGCUUUCCGCCCAUUGGAAGACAUACUCGUUGAGGUGAUAUCCAAAUCUACUUUCGAUACGCUAGAGUCGUUGUCAGCGCGGGUGGUAGACCAAUUUAGGGACGAUUUCUUUUCAAAGGUUGAUGGGGACGCUUGGCUCAGGCUCCGCAUUGAGAAACCUCUGGCGGUGACCUUUGCAGAUGCACCAGCGGUAGAGAUCCUUCGACCAAUGCAGAAGAAAUGAAUGUCCUGCAACGAUCACAGGUUGCGAAGCACGCGAGAAAUGUGGGAGGGAGAAAGUGCUUUCGGCAUAGUGUAUGGGAGAUAGAGCAAAUAGCCUGAAGCGCCUACAGCAACUCUAUGUACUUACGAGUCGAUUACUACACCGGUCUUUGCCCAACUCUGCAUAGUGCGAC